UUGAGCUGAAACCUUUGACCCAACUUACAGGGACAGGUUUUGAAACAAGGGGAAAAGAGCUAACAGGUUGCAAGGUUAAACAGCGUAGGAUGACCUCCCUUUUUGUAACUAACAAAAAUUCAAGGUACCAAAGGAAUAACGUACAGUACAUCUAACAAGCCAGGGCGAUUCAGGACAUGCAAAGAAAGGUAAGUCAGUUACAAACAAGAUGGAAUACCGUCCGAUGCUGCUACGUAUAACAUUAUUGAUAUAGACUGGUGUGUUACACUCUCAUGAAAAUAUUUCUUCACACAAAAAACCAUACUAAAAUCUAUGGCAUGACUGAUCUCAACUGAUUAGUGCAUUGCGCCGUGGCAAUGAACCUUGUUAGCGUCCGACCACAAGAAAGCCACCAAAACCCAUUCACGUCUUGAACAUUUCGCUACUUAUUAAGGGGCUGUCAACCUGCGCGCGACAGCGAUUAUUCCGAAAUAGCUACUUCUGAGGGCGCGUUUGUUUAACCUCGCGCGCGCGCCGCGCGUGAUUGACGCGCAGAAAUCCGAUCCGCUCGAGGAGACAGGCGACCAAUAGGAAGCGGGGCGCAUUCAGUUCGGAUUGGAGGCCCCCGCGAGGAGAAGCGCGGCCAACGGCGGAGGCACCCAGCGCCGGGCGCGCGCAACGCGGUGAGCAGGGCAGUGAGCUUCGGCGCGACCGCGCAGCACUCCUCAGCGUGGACGCGCUUCAUGUUAUUGAGGCGGCGAGCGGACGGCGCACUCACUGAGCUGGGAUCUAACGGGAGGUGCGAUCCGAAAAGAAGGAGGAGAGCAGAGAGAGAGGCGCGAAGUUGCGGGAUGGAUGGAUUUCUGGACCAACAAGUGCCUUACAUGACUCCGCAUAAACCACAAGGGAAGAAAUGUAAUGAGAGAACUGCAAAUGACAGAAGAAGGAAAUUCAUUAACUCUGACCUGGCUCUGGAUACUGAAGAACUCUUCCAGGAUCUCAGUCAGCUCCAGGAGACGUGGCUUGCUGAAGCUCAAGUUCCUGACAACGAUGAGCAGUUUGUUCCAGACUUCCAGAGCGAGAACUUGGCAUUCCACGGACUGCAGCUGAAAAUCAAGAAGGAGCCCCACAGCCCAUGCUCAGAGCAGAGCUCCGCCUGCAGCCAGGACCGGCCCUUCAAGCUCAGCUAUGGGGAGAAGUGCCUGUACAACAUCAGUGCCUAUGAGCAGAAGCCAGGCGUGGGAAUGAAGCCCUCCAGCCCCGUAACCCCCUGUAGCACCCCCGUGUCCCCACUCCAGCAUGCCUCCCCUAAUUCUGCUCCAACCCCCAAACCAGACAGGACGUACCCCCACCUCCCAGCCUCACAGCCCAUCCCAGACACAUCCUUCACCAUGGACCACAGGUUCCGGCGCCAGUUGUCCGAGCCGUGCCACUCAUUCCCUGCCCCACCCUCCUCGUCCCGGGAUGGACGCCCGCUGUACCACAGGCAGCUGUCGGAACCCAACAUCCCGUACCCCCCGCAGGGAUUCAAGCAGGAGUACCCGGACCCCCUCUUUGAGCACCCGGCCAUGAUGGGGGCGCCGGUCGCCCAGCCCUACCCCCACUCCAUGAUGAUCAAGCAGGAGCCGAGAGAUUUCACCUACGACACAGCAGAAGUGCCUAGCUGUCAUUCUGUCUACAUGAGACAAGAAGGGUAUCUUACCCACACCAACAGAACUGAAGGUUGCAUGUUUGACAAAGUUUCAAGGCAUUUCUAUGACGACACUUGCGUAGUGCCUGAAAAGCUUGAAGGUGACAUUAAACAGGAGUCUGGCCUGUACCGCGAGGGCCCGGCAUACCAGCGCAGAGGUUCUCUCCAGCUCUGGCAGUUUCUGGUGGCCCUGCUGGAUGACCCAUCCAACUCACACUUCAUUGCCUGGACGGGCCGGGGCAUGGAAUUCAAGCUCAUCGAGCCGGAAGAGGUCGCUCGUCGCUGGGGAAUUCAGAAAAAUCGCCCAGCAAUGAACUACGAUAAACUCAGCCGAUCCCUGCGUUAUUAUUAUGAGAAGGGAAUCAUGCAGAAGGUGGCGGGAGAGAGAUAUGUCUACAAGUUUGUGUGUGACCCCGAGGCCCUCUUCUCCAUGGCGUUCCCCGACAAUCAGCGCCCUGUGCUGAAGACUGACAUUGAGCGGCAAAUCAACGAAGAGGACACUGUCCCGCUGUCGCACUUUGACGAGAGCAUGGCUUACGUGCAAGAGGGGGGCUACUGCAACCCCCAUCCUUACAGCGAAGGCUAUGUCUAUUAACAGCUACCUGGUCCGGACUGUCUCGUACUGUGUUCGUGGAGAUGUAGAAUUUCAUGCUCCUGCCGACCCUCUUUGAUCUUUCAUCGCCACCGUUACCCAGGAUGGGGGAGUGCACUUUACCGGCAAAGACUGACAGUGUAACCCACCAGGCCAAGUUGAACGUUAAUGUCAUUGCUUGUGUUUGUAAAGGCAGAUUUGUAUCAGUUUGCCAUAUUCCUACAAAAGAACUGUCAGAGGAUGAGUAUGUUCAGGAACAGUCGCAGGAUCGUUUAGAAAGUUUGUUCUUGGCUUCUUUCCUUUUUGUGAAAAAGAAUGUGAAUGUGUUCGCCAUGCAACACGGAGGCCAUUCUCUUCCUUGUUUUAGGUCCAAUUUCCUUAAAAUAUGUAUUUCUUUAAGAUAACUGAUUUAGAUAAUACAAUGUAUUGUUAUGAAAUGCUUUGAAGAUACUUUUACGGUGAAGUGAAAUAAUUAUAGACUUGAGCAUAAGCAUCUUCUCAAAUCCAGGACUUAGUUGGCAUUGUCCAAUCUGAUUUGGUGUCAGGUGUAGGAUAUGUUCUCCUUCUUUUACAGUGCAAGGUUUGAGAUCUCAGUGGAAAAACUGUUGUUUAAAAAAUGGUAAGUUUCAAACUUUGUAAUGCUCUCAUUCCAUUUUUUUCCACAAAUGUUUGCCAGUCACAAAAUGAUCAGCGUUGGCAUGUUAACAUAAAACACUACCUUCAUCUACCAUGUGUAAGUAAAAUAUCAGAGAAACACAGUGGGUACCAAAUUUUUUAUUUAUAUCUUUUUUUUUAUUAUUAUUUAAAUUGGCAUGCCGUCUAGUUAUAUCAGAGAGCCUGUUCCUAUUGUACCCAGAUAUUUUUGUAGCAUUUCUCUUUAAAGAGCAGAUGUAAUAACCGGACGUAUUCCUGCAGCAGGUUUCUCUUGACAUUUUAUCCCUGAAGUAUUGAUAAUUGAAGUUAAAUAAAUGCAGCCAGCAGGGAUUGCAUGGUAGCUAAGAGCAAAGACUUGUAAUGUUAGGAUUCUUGGUUGAGGUCCCUGGAGGAGCCCUGCUGUUGAGAUGCGCUGCCUGAACUGUUCCAAUGAAGCACCCAGCUGUAUGUAAGGGUAACAUUGUGACUCGCGUUGGGUUGAGAUCAGUCAAUCCAACAGGAAAUCAAAAAAGGGCACAUUUUGUCAGACGAUGCAACUGGGAUUGAAACACAACUGAUGGGGAAUUAUAAUGGGGUAAAAUGUCUCAGUAUAUAUAAAGACCAAGUAGUGCUGGCACUGUCAUGUAAAAUUACAGAGGACCUUGACUAUAAGUGUAAAAGUUUUUUGGCUUUUAUGUUUCCUUUGUUUAAAAAAAAAAAAACCAA